UUCUGCAAAACGGGAGAGGAUUACAGUGAGGGACUGAAAGAGCCUGUGAACGCGCGGCGGUGCGGUGGGUGACAGCGCUCGCACCGCAUGGGUCUCUACCUGCGCUAACAACAACCUGAGACUACACAGACAGACCGGAUUUCGGGACUAUGCCCAGCGCCGACGCCGCUGCGGAUAAAACUUUCGCACAAGUAGAGAAAUACUGUCAGAGGAACGAUAUGGCGGACCGGAGCGGCGAGGGGAACGGGAACGCGCUGAGCGUCCCGGUCCCGAUUCGGCGGGGCGGCUCGGAGAACAGCCUGGACCAGGACUGGCCGGACGGCCUGGGGCUGGACUUCCACAGGGGCCCGCUGGGCAUCGACGGGCUCCAGCAGAAGAUCCUCAAAGUGACGGAGCAGAUCAAGGUGGAGCAGACGGCGCGCGACGAGAACGUGGCGGAGUACCUGAAGCUGGUCAACAACGCCGACAAGCAGCAGGUCUCGCGCAUCAAGCAGGUCUUCGAGAAGAAGAACCGGAAGUCUGCGCUGAGCAUCGCGCAGCUGCAGAAGAAGCUGGAGCAGUACCACAGGAAGAUGAAGGACAACGAGAGCAACGGCUCCUCCAAGAACGUCUCCAGGGAGGCCAAGGAGUCCUCCAAGGACAGCCUGAAGGACGCUCAGAAAGACGGCUUGAAGGACGGCUUGAAAGAUGGUUUGAAGGACAGCCUGAAGGACGUGAGCGGGAGCGGGCGGCACCCCACCCUGGACAAAGUCAAGACCAUCGGGCCCGGCGUCUCCCUCUCCCCGCCCUUCUUCUUCAACAAGUCCCGGGAGUUCGCCAACCUCAUCCGCAACAAGUUCGGCAGCGCCGACAACAUCGCGCACAUGAAGAGCUCGCUGGAGCCCGCCCCCUCCUCCUUCCACCCGGAGGGCGGGGCCCGGGCGCUCAGCGGCAGCGCCACCACCGUCGCCAAGCCCAAGUACCCCAGCGACGACGAGUGCUCGUCCGGCACGUCGGUGUCGGCCGAGAGCAACGGGAUCACGGCCUGCAGCCCCGAGGACGCCCAGGGAAAGCUCGCCGCCCUGCUGGACGAAGCCAGGGACAUCAGAGAGGCCCAGGCCCUGCUGGCCGAGGAGAUUGAGGGACUGAAGGACCAGUUCACCCGGGACUACGAGUUCAUCACACAGUCACUGCAGGAGGAGAAAUACAGGUACGGGAGGCUGGAGGAUCAGCUGAACGACCUCUCCGAGCUGCACCAGCACGAGACGGCUAACCUGAAGCAGGAGCUGGCCAGCAUAGAGGAGAAGGUGGCCUACCAGGCCUACGAGCGAGCCAGAGACAUCCAGGAGGCACUGGAGUCCUGCCAGACGCGGAUCUCCAAGCUGGAGCUGCAGCAGCAGCAGCAGCAGGUGGUGCAGCUGGAGAGCGCCGACGCCAGGGUCCUGCUGGGCAAGUGCAUCAACCUGAUGCUGGCCAUCGUCACGGUGAUCCUGGUGUGCGUCUCCACGGUGGCCAAGUUCACGGCCCCGCUGAUGCGCAGCCGGCUGCACGUGAUCUGCACCUGCCUGGCCUUCGCGCUGCUGGCCAUCUUCUGGAAGAACUGGGAGAAGGUGCAGUGCGCCGUGGAGCGCAUGCUGGUGCCCAGCUGAGAGGGGCGUGGUCAAUGGGGGCGGGGCCAUGGCCAGGGGGCGGAGACACAGGGGGGACUUGGAGCGUGUUCGUCCCGCCGUUUCCGACGCUGUCUCUCAGUUCCGCCUCAGAGAACGGCCACUUCCGCAGACCCACUGAAUGGCUGUGUUUUCCUUUCUGUGUAGCGGACAAAGGCACUCUGUGUUUUUAUCCUUUUAAGAGGAAGACAGAACCUCACUGUGAAGAACCAGCAGGGAACCUGGGGAGGCCGGGACUGUCCCCCCUCACCCUUUUCAGAAAACACUCCUCUCUGUUUUACGUUUUGUACGUCUCUCAGCCUUUCCUUGUGGACAUGGUUUUCUGACACAAAUCCUACUCAUUGCUUCAUGUUUACCGUCUGUUCACUAAUGUACAGAAUCAUUUGAGAAGUGCAAUAUAUUCGUGAUUUAUUUUUGAUUUGUAUGUAUAUAUGUUCUUUUCAUAUUUCAUUCCUGCAAACUGGGUCCCCUCUUUACAUGACUGGAUCACUCAAAAAGAAAACUACAUUUCCCAGUAGGCCAUCUCACUACGCACAGCAUUCUCGCCUUUCUCCUUCUCUUUAGGCCUGAUUUGUGCUUGCAGAAGGGUCCCCUCCUGCCGCACCAGUCUUAUUUGAUCUGUGGUGCAAUGCGCCUCAGCACUGUGACGAGGAGGAUCCCAUUUAAAAUGAAAAUGGAGCAUAAUUCUCACGGCGGUGUUUCAGUGUUUAAUGAAGCAUCGGUGGGGAUGAGAGGUGUCUGUGUACCUGUACCUGUACUGUACCGUCACACACUCAGACCUUAUUUCUCUGCGGCUUGUUUUAAAAAAUUAUUUUUUUUAUUUUAUUUUUUUUAUUAUUAUUUAGGUUUAUUCAUGUUCUGGAGUACGCAAGAUGCACCUCUGUGUGGCGCAUGAGUGUGUGUGUGUGUGUGUGUGUGUGUGUGUGUGUAAUUCACGGUUCUUUCAGGCGUCACCUGAAUGUCAUGUCAAGUACUGGAUGUGUGUGGAAGAGCCGCUGUAACCACGUGUAACAGGCCGGUGGGGAUUCAGUCCUGUGACCACAACAAGAACAAGAUGGCCUCAGCUGGGCCUACCAUUCUCCUCUCCAUUUUGUGAAGAGAUGUUACAUUUUGUAAAUCUAUGAGAAAAAAAACUAGAAUGAACAUAGUGCAUCUAUGAUAUGACAUAGAUAAUGAAAUUAAUUUCUUAUGUAUGACAGCAUUGAGACGCGCACCAGCUAUUUUUGUACACUGUAAAUCUGCGGCAUCAAUUUACUGGAGUGGAUACUUUCAUUACCGUCCACGUGUUGAUACGAUGGCCUUACGUGUGAGUCCUGCUGUUCCGUAUCCCUGGUGUUGCUUUGUGUGGUGCAUUCUGGGUUCUGUGGUUCUGUUUUGGGGGUUGUUCCACACACCAGCCCUGGGGUUAAAUGCAAUUCCAGCGGGAGACGUCUUGGAGAACUGCAAUCAGUGAGGACACUGGGGCAAAUGCUAUAAGCAACAUAAGGUUUUUUGUGUUCUUUUUUAAAAAGACAAAUAGGAUCUAGUCAAUGUGGGUCAUUGAGCUUUGUUUGUCAUUUAAUGUAAUUUUCAAAUGAUUGUAUUGAGACCUGUGAAAGUUAAACUGAGGUUCAUAAAAAAUAUAAUAAUCUUAACGGGGUAUUUUAGAUUUAGGACUCAUCACUCAGUUAUUUUAAUAUUUGCCUUGCAUCACACCGACAGAACUUCUUUCUGUUUUCAGUGAGUCACCUUGUUAAUGUUCUGUCUUUAAUUAUUGUGUGUCUGGUGAAACAAAUGUUUAAAGAAAUGAUGGCAUUCCACCUAUACUCUCAUGAACUUCUCCAGAGCAAACAAGCAUGGAUUUUGUGGCCUUGCCAAUGUAUCACAAGUAUUUAAGAGCUUUGGUAUUUUUAAUUUAUUUUUGUUGAAUCAAGUUCAUUAUUUGUGGUUUGCCAGCCAAAUGUUGAGAGUAUCUGACUAGGUGGUGCUUGAUGGCCCCAGACUUUUAUGUUUGCCUUGUUGUUUGCUGGUGCCGUUAACGUUUGUUUGCAGAGCACCUUGUCUGUGUGUGGUGGUGUUUCUUCCUCUUCCUGCUAUCUGGAGCGAAGCAUUUUGGCUGUCUCUGUCCAAAGUCCAGCAAGAACAGGUCACGGGUGCUGGAGCCCUGCCGUCUGCCUGUCUCAGAGCUCUGCACAUAGGCGUAGAUUUCAGGGGGGACACAGGGGAUAUGUCCCCCUCAAUAUUUAGAACAUGUGCAUUUGUCCCCCCCAAUAAAAACAUGAAAGAAGCAGAGGACUUUUAAAUUGAUGCAGAAAAGGCACAAAUUGGUGCAUAAAAAUUCACCAGAAUGCAGGAAAUUAAGUGUUUGACGCUCAAAAUUUCCUGGGGGAGGACCCCCAGACUCCCCACUUAAUGUGUCCCCUCCAAUGUUCAAACGAAACAUACGCCACUAUCUCUGCAGUUGAUUGUUCUUGCCAUUUUAUACAUGUGUGCGGAUGGACCAAGUAAAACUUGUUACACAUACACUGCAGAGUGAGAACAUUGCACUGGAAUUUAAAUGAAACCUUGAACCAAAUUUAGAAAUCCUAGCAAGAUUGGAGGAAUGUCGGCUCAACCUGGGCUGGAUCCACUGUUUACAUAAUUUGUUGUAUGAUUUGUGGUAAGCUGUCGGGUCAGAGGUCACGUUCAGCCAGUCCCAAUGAAUGUUAUUCCACGUGCUUCUGGAACUUUGUCCUCAUGGGUAAUGGCUUUAUGCAGCCCAAGUAUAUGUGUCUCCAGAAUGCACUAUUAAGCUGGGAAAUAAAUCCUAUUCAUUUUCUAAAAAC